AUGAAGGAAAUCAUCAUACGAGAAGGGGAUUCAUUUGUGACAGAGAACACUUUGGACCAUUAUGCUGGCAAAGUCGACAGCAGGGGGGUUAUGAAGCAACCUAUCGUCCACAACGGAAACAAGAAGAAGGUGUAUGAGGAGGCUAAUGGAAGAGUAAUUUCAAAUCUCCUUCGGGGAGAUAGAUUGUGCCAACAUGAUAAGGAGUCUUUCAAAGAGCACUGUACAGCCCACAGGUUCUGGCAACACUUGAAGAAGCAAUACGGUAGAUUCGACCGCCCAUGACCAAAUCACUAUAGAAUUGAAAUAUAAAAAUUUGAGAAGAGAGACGAGGAGAGCAUUAUUUAUGCCUGGCAGCGGUUGAAGGGCCAUCGAGUUACACUCAUGUCUCUUGAUGUUCAAAUGGGACUUUGUAUUACAAAUUCGUUUCUCUUUAUACUACUCACCAAGAUACCCGAUUAUCGAACAACACUUUCUGACCAUGAAUAUACGGCGAAGAAAAGCGAUGUUGAGUAUAAGAUUCAGAGAUUGGCCGAAAAGGAGAUCAGUUUGGUCAAAUCCUACAAGAGGGAGGAUUACUUGCUCGCCAAGGUGGACGUGGAUCUUCGCGAGACAACGGCUCCAAGGCUUAAUCAACUCGCCACAAGCUUGAGCGAGGGUCAGAGAGUUCCGGAGAUGUGA